GACUCGUGCACUUGUUGCUCCAGAGAAUACUUGGAAAGGUCACCGUGUUUGAGGAGGAGAACUUUUUAAUUUGUCAUGGAGUUUGGUUUUCUAACUUUAAUUAUUUUUUCAUCCAUGAUUGGAUAUUUCUCACACUUCACCAUGUGUUUCACAGAUUGGGAUGAUCUUGUGAUAACAAGAGAGGACACACCCACCCUGCUGGUCUGUACUGAUACAAUGAUGACGAGCACGACAGAAGUUAACUGGAGGAUGAAAUCACAUAUUAGUGACGACUGGAAACUGGUCCUUCUAGCCAACAUAAAAAGGGACUUCUCUGCUUCUGCCUCAAUGGCAAACAUGCAUUUAGCUGACAAGAACUUUCAAGACUCUGGGGAUUUCUCUCUGGCCUGUCUUCCAAAAAUGGAGGAUAUCGGUUUGUACUCAUGCUUGAUCAAGCAACAGGACAGGAAGCUAAAAGAAAAGACUAUCUUGUUAGCUAUUAUUACAGUCUUGGUUUUUCCUGCUCUACCCAUUCCCCAGCACAGCACUUUGAAGCUCAUUGCCAGUGUCAACCCCAGCUUUGCCACCACCAAGAUAACCUGGGCUGCACCAGGUGGCAUACCUAUAAGGUCUGAAGUAAUAGAAAACAUGGGCACAGUGGCCAAAAUUCCACAAGUUACAAUCAGUGACAGUGGGACCUACGUCUGUAUGAGCCACCCGCGGGGAAACAGCAGCAAGGCUCUUUUUGCCUAUAAUGUGGAUGUGACUAUUGAUGCUGACACCGUGGCCUCAUUCACCAAUAUCAUCCAUGCUCCUGAGAUCGUCACUGCCAUCCAAGCUGACACACCGUUCCCACUGUCCUGCCCCCCUGUUCACGGGGACUAUGUCCAACUACACUGGAAACCUCCAGAUAUGGAGACGCAUGACCGUAUAAAGCAAUUGUAUGGGUUUAACCGCUGGACAGGAUCUACCAUGUUGUUCCAGCAAAGAAAGAUUCUCCAGCUGGCUAGUUCACCCUACGAUGGUCAGUCUGGAAUCUUCUCCUUCCUGCUCACCCCUGUGGUCUCAGAUGGAGGACUCUACAUCUGUGAGGUUUUUUUCAAUGACAACGUCUUCAGCCAGAGGACCCUGCUCAGUGUGCUGCAAGUUACAACCAGUCGUUUCUCCUCAAAGCUGGAGCUAUGGUGCAACUACUCGGAGCGGUCCCAGGUGCAAAGUGUUGAUUGGAAAUAUCAGAAUCAGAGUCAUGAGUUGCAGCUGUCCAGCCACAGCAGCGAUUGGACAGCUGCAAUCAUCGCCACUCUGCCACUACCCAUCACUCCUGACACAGCCGGCAACUACACCUGCACCAUACAGCUGAAAAAUGGAAGAGCAUCGAGGCCACACACACUGUGGCACUGUCCCCUGAAGGCCCUACCAAGGGGGGUGGGAAUAAAACUCAGGAGCUGCCACUGGAAAAUGGAUUCAUGUUUUUAUUUUAUUUUUUUUCCUUUUGCAGACGUCAUCACCUCCUCCCUGCCUCCCUCUCUCUCUGCUUUAUUACUCCUGGUGCCCCUGCUUUCUGUGGGUCUCGGUGUGUUGCUAUGGAGACAGAAACACAUCUCUGAACGCAGUAUCGAGCAGUCUCUCUCGGUGUACUCGGGUGAUGCAGAGAACAUCUACGAGGCUCCUGAGGAUAUCAGACAGGUCCUUCCUCAAGGGUCGGUCUACAUGGAUUUGAAACCAAGAGGAGAGGACGAUGUCUACAAGGAACUGGAGCGAUACGAACAGUGUCACAGCUGAUCAUCUAAACACAUCUCAUCCUCAUCCAGCUGUCACAUCUGCUCAGUUCCCCGGCUGCUGCAGAAGGCCUUUGUAAACAGCAGCAGCAGAAUCUCACAGCUGGAACCUGGAGAAAAACCUUCAGUGCUUCAGGGAACUGUUUGAUUUUGAAGAUUUUUUUCUUCUUCUUCAUGUUUCAACUUGUCAGCAAAAUGUGACAUUAAGAUGGAACACUUUUAAAUGUCAUGUUUUGGAGCUGUGCACUGAGGAGGUACGGUGCAUCCAGAAAGUAUUCACAGCGCUUCACUUUGUCCACAUUUUGUUAUGUUACAACACUCACUCAUCUUCAACCGCUUAGUGGAAUCAAGAGUCGCGGGGGGGCUGGAGCCUAGCCCAGCAGUCAUAGAGCGGGAGGCGGAGUGCACCCAGGACAGCAUGCCAGUCUGUCACAGGGCUACAAACAGACAAACAAACAUAUUCACACCCACUCGCACACCUACGGACAAGAGCAGCCAGCUCUGGGAAGAGUC